UGGCGUGCCGGACCGAGCCGGUACGCGGCGAAUCGGUUGGCUCGUGCUGGACUCGAUUCUUGGUAUCGGGCACGAAGUCGAGAAAGGCGCUUCGCGUGUAUAUCUUUCAAUUUAAAAAAAAAAAAAUGACGUGCGAAAAUCCGACUGAAACAUUGUUGCUAUGAGAAGGAUGGAUCCUUGCUGAUUUAUUCUGGUUGCUGCUACAAAGAAUGGGGCGGCAAUGGUGGGGUUUGACCGAACUACAUUAUGGAAUGAAGACUUGGAGAUGCAGUCAACUUCUUCUUUCUAGAAGCCAAUCCCAAUAUUUCAAAGUUUCAAAGUUCAAACCCCUAUCUAUAGUCUAUUACUCUUCCAUCUUCUUCUUAUUUUUUCAAACCCUAUUACUAUUCUCCCAAUUCUCGAUUUCCCCUCCCCUCUCUCUCUCUCUACAAAAUCAUCGAAACUUGGGGAUUAAAGAUUGAGUAGUUUAAUUAUUGCUCAUCGCAACAAAUUUUUCAUCACCUCUGAAGUAGUAUUCGACAGCCAUGGAAAAAACGGCCAAGACCGACGAGCCAGCGAUUGGGAUUCCGUACAAUGCGGCGUAUCAGGCGCCAAUGCCGCAGCGGUUUUACGUAGAAAACCCUUAUCAAGCUGGCACCAUCCCUCCAAAUGCCAUUGUUGGAGACCCCAAAGGAAUUCCCCUUCAACAGACUAUUUACCGUGACACCCCUGCGCCCUUCAAUUGCCCCUACUGCGGCGGCACCGGCAUCACCACCGUCAAGUCUAAACCAAGUUUAGCUGCAGUUGUUGGUUGCAUGAUGCCAUUUAUGCUUGGAGUCUGUUUUCUGUGCCCUUCAAUGGAUUGUCUAUGGCACAAAUAUCAUUAUUGUCCAAGCUGCAAUGAGAAGAUUGCUGAUUUUGAGAAGUCUGAUAUCUGUUCUGUGAUGGAUCCUCCACAUUAUAUACAAGAGAGCUUUGCUUUGCCUGCGUGACAUGAUGAGGCCAGUCUCAACCCUGUGGCACCAUAGUCCUAUUUGUAUGCAAUUUCUAUAUAUUGUCAACGUAACUUUAAAUAAUUGGAAAUUGCCAUGUUGUAGAUACACACACAUAUAUAUAAUGUUUGUGAGAUUGUAUAUGUCUGCAAACAAAUUGUUAAGCUGGUUCUUGUAUAUAAAUCAUGUUCUCUCAA